GGUGCAUGAUGGGAGCGGCGCCAUUUUAAAAGAGGACAAACUCCUUGCCAACGCGGAAGCUGCAGAGAUAUUUUCAGUUUUAGUGUAAAAAUGCGUCGUAGACGUUGCAUUUUUGGACGUAGAUGAUCUGAAGUUAUGAGCAGUUGACAACCGACCAACCAUGAUUGAGACUGUACAAGUCCGUCAGCGGGGAGCGUAUGACUUCGGCACGUACUACGACAACCUGUGCGCCCUGCAGAAUACUGUCCCACUACCUGCUGUCAAAGCUCACCUGGAUGAUGGGGUACUGGACCUGAACUCUGACCGUCUCCGGGGACCAGACUUUACACCCCUCCUCAACACCCUGCGAAUCAACAAGAGCCUUACAUUUGUGGCUGUCAGAAGCUACUAUCAACCCUUACCCUCAGAUACUCCAGUUGGUAAGAGACACCUCUUCAAGAAGCGGGCUCCACCUGUAAGGACCAAAGACCUGACUCUAAGGAUCUGUAAGGCCUUGAGAGAAUGUCUUACUGUGACUCCAUCUCUCACAUGUCUGGAAGUCACUAACUUGCCUCUGAGGAACAGGGACUUGGAGCAUCUGGCAAAGGGUAUUUCAAAGAACACCACACUGGCCCACCUAUCAUUGGAGUACUGCAGAAUUGGGGAUGAUGGUUUGGAAGUUAUUUGCCAGGCUGUGAAGAAUUCUGCCACCAUCACGUCCGUGAAUUUCACUGGCUGCGGACUGACCGCUCGUGGGGCGGACACUCUGGCCAAAAUAAUCAAGCAUCAAGCAAUGAAGAGACAUAACGAAGCCUGGCAGGACAGCUUGAGGUACAGGCGACCAGAUUUAGACAGGAUGACAGGUAUCAGGCGCAUCACCAUGAACUCUAACCCCAUGAUGGAUGACCUUGGAGCCAUGGCCCUGGCAGAGGCACUGAAAGAUGACCUCUGGGUCAAAGCUUUGGACCUGCAGCAAUGCGGCAUCUCAACAGAGGGUGCUAAAGCACUGUAUGACGUCCUGAGGACCAACACUACUGUUGUAGUACUGGACCUGAGGAGAAAUCCACUCAUAGAUCGUAGUAUGAUGCAGUCCAUUAUGGAGCAAGUAAUGAUCAACACAGGUGGACAGGAUACGGAGUACAGGUGGAUCAAAGUAGAAAGUCCGCAGGAUCCCGCCAAGGUGUCAUACCGCCCUCCGCGAAUCAGACGCAGGAGACGCACCGUCAGCAGCGGGAGGAAGACGUUCACCGUGGAGCCACAGGGACGCAAAAGGUCCAGGUCUGUAGGUUCAGUUGAAGAAGCCAGCCAGCCUUAUGUACCAGACAACAUCCAGCCUGGUACCCAGGGGUUUGUACCAUGGAGGACUGCUGCCAGACUAGGGAGGUACAGAGGGUUUCCACCGGAGAGAAGACCAGGGACACCGUCUGUUGUCACAAAGGAAGAGAGACAUAGCCCGGUUCCAGGCCUAUCCCCGCAGGUGGUAGUCGAGAGCGAGUCAGAAAGUUCCAGCUCAAGCCGGCUGGAACCGGAGACUUUAGUCGGGAGGUUAGAAAAGGAAGAAGACAUCCUCGGAGACAAACCCGUCGAGCCUGAAGUACACCGACGCUUGGAGGUGGAGCUAGAGGACUGCAGGAGGAGACUGGCUCAGGAGACCAGGGCAAGGAGUGAAUCUGACAGGAGACUGCUGGAGCUGCAGAUAGAGAACAGCCGACUGCGCCGGGAGGUGGAUGACCUGCGGGACCGGGAGCGCCGAAGUCUACUGGAGGACGAUCGCGUCCUGGAGAGUAUCGAGGCAACCUUCCAGAGGUUCUACUCCUUCUUAGAUCUGCUCAAGGAGAGCGGACUUGGAGACCUGGCGUCAUUGGCUGGGAUCGACCAAUCACAGCUCAACCUGGAGAGCAUGAGGUUCCAGCCGCGGACCACAAUGCACGUCCCGACUACAACAUCGCACGCGACCCGCCCCCCUUCCUACGCUGCUACGGGUGUGUACGAGUCCGAUAGACGGGCUGGAUAUCCAACAUACAGUGACUACUCCAGAGAUGUGGACAUCGCUGAGGACUUUGAUACUCCCUCCCCCGCCCCCAUCCACAUCGGCCAACCAGAGCCUUCCUCUCAUCAGGAGGAGACAGAGGAGAUGCCUGCAGUUGAACCGACUGGUCCUCCACAUACACUUGCUGCUCCACAACCAGUAACUGUUGGGGAAAUCAAAGAGCAAAUCAGCACGCCUGUUAUGGAAGAUUUAGGCCGUGGAGAUGCUCCGUCCCCCCCUCCUGACAUCAGACCCUCAGAGGUCAAAUCCAACCGUUCAAGGUCAGGAUCUGAGAAAUCACGAUCAUCUUCAAAAUCGUCUGGAUCACGAAGGAAAAAAUUGUCUGCUCAGCCCUUACCAAAGAAGUCAUCAAGUCAAGAAGAAGAUCCGAAAUCAGAGAAAUCGGAAAAGUCAGCAAAAUCAUACGCAUCAUCGAUAAAGACACAGUUAGUGAAAUCUGAAAAAUCAGGCACUUUCACAAAGUCAAAGUCACCAGCAAGUGUAGACAGCAGUAUUCAAGAAGUACUGUCAUUAUCGGAGGGAGGGGAUCCAGCAUCGGAAUCUCCGGAGCCAUUCCGAGUAGUAUCAUCACCUCCUGCACUUGAUAUUGGCAGUGGAAGUGAAUCGUCAUUUUAAGUAGACAAUUUUUAUUACAACGUUUUCAUCAAAUGAACUUCUUUGAAAUUGUAAGGGAGAGACUGUCACAAUCACACAUUUUAGUUUGAUUUUUGAAAAUGUUUUCUUAAAAAGUUUAAGGUACAUGUAUUUCUUUCUUGUAAGUUUAGUAAAAAUUGUACAUAGUGUAAAGUAAAAUGAAGCCUUCUUCAUACUUAUUUUUUGUAUUUUUGGGCAGAGUUUAGGUUAUCAAAGUUUGAAAAUUGCAUUCCAUCUGAACACUAAACCACAUUUUAAUAGCCAAAUAUUUUAGGCUCAAACAAAAAAGACUUUUGACAAAACAAACCACUAGUUUAGCAAAGUUUUCCCCAUCUUUUGUGAAAAAGAUAAUAUUGUGUAAGCUGCAUAUUAACAUUUAAGAUUAGUAGUAUUUCAAGAUAGACAUGAGAAAAGAGGCUGUUAUUUUUUAUUUUCUGUGUACUCUUUAAUCCCACAAAUUAUCAAUGUUAACAUGGAAUGUAUCUAAAGAACUACUAUGAUGAAAAUCACAGCUUUGUACAUACUAAAACAUUACAUUGUUAUUAUACACUCGACAGGAAAUAUACAGUCUACAAUUAAAUUACUCAAAAUCACACCAGAUAUGAACGUCUAGUAUAUCCAGUCAAAAUAAUCACCAUCUUACAGUAUAGGUGAAUAUGAUAAUAAUUUCCAACCAAAAAUAGAUAAUAAAAGUACUAUCAAUGGGGUACUGUCUUAUGCCAAAUACUGUAUGUCUCACAAUUUUCAUUGUUCACUUAGAAAACAUUUCAGCAAUGGGUUUUGAUUCUAAGACACAAACACUCAUUUACACAAUGUAAAGAACUUGAUAAUGUACACAUUUUCCUAAAGAAAAAUAAAGAAAAAGUGCAUAC